AUGUCAUCCUCGGAAACUGAAUCAGAUCAGUCUGACCAGGCUACUUCCCCCAAAUCACUUAUUCAGACUACAAUGAAGGACCUGUUCCUCUGCGGCCAAUAUUCCGAUAUGACUGUGACCUGUCAGGGGUUUACUUUCAAAGCGCAUCGCUCCAUUCUAUGCACCCAGUCGGACCUUUUCAGAGGCGCAAUGAGUGGGCACUUCAAGGAGGGCAUCACUCACACAGUUGAUCUCCCAGAUGAUGACCUUGAAACGGUUGAACGCGUUCUGUCAUUCCUGUACUUCAAUGAUUACCACGAAAAGCACCAUAUCAAGGAUCUAGGUCGCCAUCUGGAGUCUCUUGAGGAUCAUCCCCACCCGCACUGGCCUACGAGAAAACAGCGAGCCACUAGCGACGAUCUUGGGGGAUACACUCACGCUGAGGUUUAUGUUGCCGCCGAUAAGUUCGGAAUCCCGCCUCUGAAGACGUUUGCUUCAAACCGCUUCGAGGAGUGGUGCGCAGAAAACUGGGAGUGCCAGAUCUUCCCAAUAACACUCGAGCAUGCCCUCGCCAUCCUGCCCCCUCACGACACACUGUUCCAGGAAACCAUCGUCAGCGCCAUUUGCACCGAUGCGCCCCGAAUUCUCGAAGACGAUGCUAUGACGAGAUUUCUGGAAUCGCAUGGGAAGAUUGCCUCUGGUGUUCUCUCUCAGCUAGUCCAGGACGACAAGAUACGGGGAGGGACGCAGGUAGAACAUAUUGCCAGCUUUAUCAACUGGGCCUUGUUGAAAGACAAGUGCAGUAUUUGCCAUGUUAAAUUGCAGGUGAAGCUAAGGCCAGGCGAUUUCGAGAGCCGAAUGUUUCAUUGUGCGACCUGCAAUACACCUUAUUAUCGUUGA